AUGGUUCUCUUCUAUGGUCUACUGGCUUUUGAAACAGCCAACAAUACUAUUGCUGCAGCAUCUAAACGAACAAAUAGUAUAUUACAAAAAGAAAAUUCAUUUGAAAAUGUAUCAUCAUCAUCAACUAAUUCAUGGAUUUAUACUGAAGAUUUAAGAAAACGUUAUUCUAAUCAUCGUUGUAUAUUUGUACCUGUUUAUGUUAAUGAAAAAAAUUCUCAUCAUAAUUAUAAUACAAUAGAAAAAAUUAAUAAUGAAAAUUCUUGGAUAUAUUCUAAAUCAGUUUGUGAUCGUUUAUAUUAUUCAACAUCAAAAAUAUCUUUACCAUUAACAACAAAUCUAUCAUCAUCAUCAUCAUCUGUAUAUUAUUUAAAUAAUCAAGCAUUUAUUAAGUCUAAUAAAAUAUUAAUAGAAAAAAAUUCUCAAAAAAAAUUUUCAUCAUCACAAUAUAAAUCAACAACAAAUAGUUUAUCAUCAAUAUUUAAUACAACAAAUAAUUUAACUAAAUAUCAUCAAACAAAUGAUCUUGUAGAAGAAAAUGACGAUGAUGAAGAUAUUCAAAAUGAAAAUCAUUCAGCACUACUUAUUAAACAUCCUUUUAUAGAUUCAUCAUGUCCAACAACAACAACAACUGAACCAUCGAAUAGCAAUAAGAGUUUAGUUAAUACAACCAAUAAUAAUCAAUUGACUACUAAUAAAUCAAAUACAAAACAAACUAUUACACAUAAUAAUCGAUUCAAGCGUUGGCGCUCUUUUUUUUUCAAAUCAUCUUCUUCUCUUUCCAGUACUCAACAAGAACAACAAACAAAUUUGUCAUCUUCGUCGUUGCACAAUCGAAUUUCGAAAACAUAA